AACACUCUCUACAUAACAUGGUAAGGAAAUGAAUACAAAUUAAAUAAAAGGAAAAAACCAGACAAGACACAGAUUGUUUAUGUCUGAUACAUGCAUGCAACGUUUGAGACAAAACCAACCACCCAAAAAGGCCGAAACACUCCCUUCUAUAAGAUCCAUUACACUCUCCCUCUGCACAGCUUACCAUCAAAACUUGCAACUUUUCAUUAACUGUUCAAAUCCGAGCUCCUAGAUCCAAUGGCUGAUGUUGUAGAUAAGGACCGCAAAAUCCUGGUAGCCGUGGAUGAAGGCGAGGAGAGCAUGUACGCUCUCUCAUGGUGCCUCAAGAACAUCAUUUCUCAAUGUUGCAAAGAUACCCUUUUCCUCCUUUACGUUAGAUCUGCACAAGCUUUUCACUCUUCGCUCGAUGGCACAGGGUAUUUGUUUUCUGCUGAUGUUUUGGCCACCGUGGACAAGUACAGCAACGAUGUGGCGAAUUGUAUCAUUGAAAAGGCCAAAAGGAUGUGCAGAGAGAAAGGUGAUGAUGAGGUUAAAGUAGAGGUGAUAAUAGAGAGUGGUGAUCCAAGGGACGUGAUUUGCCGGGUUGCCGAGAAUAUCAAUGCUGACGUUCUUGUUAUGGGAAGCCAUGGCUAUGGCCUUAUUCAGAGGGCAUUCUUGGGGAGUGUAAGCAAUCACUGUGCACAGAAUGUGAAGUGCCCUGUUUUGAUUGUGAAGAAGCCCAAAUCUUCCUCCUCUGCAACUGGAACCAAAUGAUG